UGGUCGUCAAGCAGCCAUGGCGUACCAAAGAACUGCUCUCGAGCUGUCUCACCUUCUCUCUGCGGCGGAGACCUGAAAUGACCUCGACGCUUGAGCUCUGGCAACACAAACUGGAUAAUGUCUUCGAAACUGCCAGGGUUCGUGACAUGGGAUAAGUUGAAUCCAUCAAUGUCAGCAAUUUCGACCCAUUGUUCGAGUAUGUCGACCACAGUCUUUGGGCUCCCAACCGCCUUUGCAGAAAAUCCACCCAGGAUCAAAUACUCGGCAAUCCUCUCCUUGUUCCACUUCAGAUCCUUACUGCCAGGAACGGUAUCCGUCCAACCAUUCACGAUCGACUGUAUCAUGGGCAUCUUGACAAAUCUAAAGUCUUCGUCAUCGGUGUAGGCCGACAUGUCAACACCGGUCCAGCCCCCGAAGAGCGCUAAAGCGCCUUCUUUGUUGCCGUAUGAGAGUAACUCGUCGUGCUUGGCUUGCGCAGCCGCAUCGGUUUCGUCCACGAUGACGCACAUGCUGGCGAUGACCUUUACAUGGUAAGGAUCGCGACCUUGCUCCUGGGCCAAUUGGCGAAUGGCGUCCACAGAAGGGCGGAGCUUCUCUGGCAACUGAGAGCCAGCAAAGAUCACCUCUGCAUGUUUCGCACCAAAAGCACGGCCUGUCUUUGAGGUACCCGCCUGGAAAAGAAAUGGGGUUCGUUGUGGCGAAGGUUCGCAGAUAUGCGGCCCAGGGACGCUGAAGAACUCGCCCUUGUGGUUGAUCUGCCUGACACGAUCCGCCACAGCCCAAAUGCCGGUCUCUCUAUCUUCGACCACAGCAUCAUCUCGCCAACUGCUCUCCCACAAUUUGUACAAAACCUCCAUGUAUUCCUCGGCGAGGGCGUAUCGCUUGUCGUGCUCGACCUGGUCGGUCAAACCGAAGUUACGCGCGGCACUGUCGAGAUAGGACGUCACAAUAUUCCAGGCAACCCGGCCCUCGCUCAAGUGGUCGACCGUUGAAAACCGCCGGGCCAGCGAAUACGGUUGCUCAUAAGUUGUGCUCGCCGUAAUCCCAAACACCAAGUUCUUCGUGACGGCGCUCAUGGCAGGCACGAGAUACAAGGGAUCAUUGACGGGAAAUUGCGCGCCCACACCAACGGCUGGGCCAUGGUUAGCCGGUCCCUUGUAAACGUCAUAACAGCCCAGGACGUCCGCCAGGAACAGAGCAUGAAAUCCGGCUUCGUCGAGAGUCUUGGCCAGGUCUGUCCAGAAACUCAGCUUCUUAUAUUCGGUCGUCCUAUUCCGUGGGUGUCGCCAGAGCCCUGGUGACAGAUGGCAUGGGGUGUUCAUGGCAAAGGCGUUGAGGAUCCAUGCCUGUGACUUCUUGGUGCCGUUGUGUGUGACGGUACUGCUCGAGCCAUUCGUCUUUGGUGCCUCCGUGUGGCCAUUGGUGACCGUCGCCAUCUUGGUAUUUCGGUAGCUUGGGAAGUCUCUGUCUUCUACUCGAGCUACAACUCUUCAAAAACAACCUGAACCUGUCUCUUCAGAUGAAUGAGCCAGGGUGCCACUACUGGCGAACUUACCUGGACUCUGUCGUUGUUGCAUGUCGCCAUGCGGAGUUUAUCCGGACUCGCACGCCAUCCUUUCAUGCAGCACGCCAUAUCCAGCACGCCAUAUCCACAUCCACUACUGAUCGGUUUUGAUUCCCACUGAAGCAUGCGCUGAUGCAUGCCUGCAAUGCUCAAUAAAGUUUUGGAGCAGACUUCUCCUUCGAAAUUGCUCUAAUAGCAAUUGGAAUAACCAGCCGAAAUCCUAGAGAAGUUGCAAUACUGGGUGGCCAAACCAAACAGCCUCUCAACUUCAGAAGAGCGUCGACCUACUCAGGUCAUACCGAUCCGUCCAAAAGAUCGCAUGCUUUCGAUGAGACCAUGAGGAUAAACCUACAUCACUGGUACAAAUCUCGGGCUGUACUUGUCUCUAUCAUGUUGGGGCCUUCUGUGGUUGUGGCAAAGCCCUAGCGUGACUGGUGGAUUUCCAUCGCUCUCAUCUGGCAAUCCUUCGCUUGCUUUACUGUCCCCAACCCGGGAGGGCAUGCCGCCAGUCGCUCCAAAUUUUUGUAUGUGCUGUAUAGUCGACACGGAUUUUGUGCUCUGACUUGAAAUUUGAGCCCAGCCUCUGUCGCCAUCACAGCAAGAUAUCACGCCAUUUACUAGGGAAGUCAAUGAAAACUGCGGCUCAGGAACAAUUUCCGCUGUCAUUACAAGUAUCGAUUCACCUACUCCAUAUUACACCAGCGUUCCAGCAAUACUGCUUGCUUGCCGAGAUACCUGGGUCCCCCUCGUGGGUAUCGGCUAUCCUCUGGAGGCACUUCUAUCAUUCCAGUCAAUGAUGGCCCACGAUACUCGUGUCUUCUCAGCACGCGAAUGUCCGAAAACGCACGUGCUGGCAUGCGUAAGAGGUCUCCUGCGGAGCGAUGUCGUGCUCGACUAGGAGACCAAAAAUUCUACUCACUUAUCGCGAUCGUCAGACGCCUUGGUAGAGCAGUCCGAGAAGCAGAAUCGGCUCUAGGGCAGAAGCUGAUCGAUACGAAUUUUGACAACUUUCGGAAACCAUAUGGCGAAAAUGAUACCAGUUGAAUCCUGUGAAAAUUUUACGAGAUCGGAACAGGAGUGACGGCGGAAACGGGUGACUUCCUCUCAUAUGUGAUUGUGUCGACAACUCAUGUACUUAUCGAAACCCUAAGUGAAGUCUCUGAUCAACCCGGUAGCCAUGGCCUUCCUACGAAUCUUUGGUGCAGGGAGGAAGCAGGUGGUUGAACCCCGUAUACCGCCUGCCAUUGUCGAGAAGCGAGACAAUCCAAAGGAGACUACGCCCACGGCUCUUCCUAUUCCGGAAAAGCAAAUCGCUCUCUUACUGCAUGGCCCUCGACAGCCCUAUGCUGCAGUUGAAGAUCAUGGUAUACCAGCCCCCCUGGAGGACAGAGAAGUUCUCGUCAAGAAUCUCGUCCUCGGUCUCAAUCCCAUAGAUUGGAAGGCCCCGGAUUACAAUUUUGGAAUUCCGACCCUUCCUUAUAUCUCCGGUCGCGAACUCGUUGGUCAGGUGGUAACCGUGUCCAAGAAGAACACACGUCUCAAGAUAGGCGAUAUUGUCAUUGUCAUCUCUACGGACUACCGCGAUCUUCGAAAAGCCGCCUUCCAGCAGUAUGUUUUAGCAACAGAUUACAACCUAGCAAGGCUGCCUAGUCGCCUCACCGCCGAGUCUGGAUCCGUCCUAGGGGUGGCAUUCGUUGCUGCAGCCAUCUCAUUAGGAAUCUGUGCUGGGCUUGAUUUUAACAGCGUCCUGGGCGGUCCGAACUUGCUGUCAGUGGUACGGAGCCUCGACUCUUCACGGUUAGCCAAGGACAUCCGUAGCGAAUGCCUCGACGGCAUCGAUGAGACAGAGAGAGCAAGUCCGGGUGACUGGCUGGCUAUUUGGGGCGGAUCGAGCACAACUGCAUUCAUUGUCAAUCAGUUAGCACGAUUGAUGGGAUUGAGAACCAUCAGCAUCCUCGACGCGCGCAAACACAGCGUUUGGCUACAUUCUUCCUCGAGCCAGUCACGGCCAGACGUUAUUGUUGACAGCCACGAUCCUCAGCGAGCUGUUGAGAUAGUCAGAGCAUCCGCACACGGCAAUCUACGUUUUGGUAUCGACACGGUGGGAAAACAAACAGCCGAGUACCUUCUUCAAUCUCUUGGCCCGGAAUUUGCAGAGAAGACCAACCUUCCGUCCGAGGACGUGUUUACGCCGCCGGCGACACCACCUGCCUCUUCCAUUUCACUUUCGGCUUCGACGCCUAGAACGUCGACACAUUUAAUCGGCCUGACCGGGCUACCGAAAACGUCUUCGGGAUCCGUCAAAUUCCACGCCGUUCCGAUCAAGCUGUUUCAUGAGGUGCCGGAACUCGGUGAGGCACUUAUGAUCUGGCUCGAGAAGUUACUGGAGCAGGGACUACUAGAGCCGCCGAGGCUUCUGGGGGUGGAAGAAGGGCUUGACAACGUCAACGCUGCGUUGGACCGUAUGAGGAAAGGGGAGGUCAGUGGCGGGAGGAUUGCCGUUAGAGUAUAGAAGUAUAGACGACUGCAUCUUUGGGGAUUUUUGGGACCAUAGUUGCAGCCAUAAAAUCUAUCGUGUCAACCACAGGACGUUGAUGCAGGCCGAGCAUGUCUUAUGCACCUCAGGGCCAACUCCACCACUCCUCAUGCAGGCUCUUGAGAUCGACCUCGCCUUCUCUCCGC